AUGACGAUCCCCCAGUUGGAAGGCCUGCAGAUUGAGGUCAAGGCUGAGGGCAAGGGCACCCGUGAGACCCAGCGCGGGGACAACAUCGAUGUCCACUACAAGGGCACACUCACUGAUGGCACUAAGUUCGACUCCAGCUAUGACCGUGGUACUCCUCUCAACUUCACGGUUGGUGCUGGCCAAGUGAUCAAGGGCUGGGAUGAAGGUCUGCUGGGAAUGAAGAUUGGCGAGAAGCGCAAGCUGACUAUCGCCCCUCACCUCGCCUAUGGCUCUCGUGGUGUUGGCGGCGUCAUUCCCCCCAACGCUACCCUCAUAUUUGAGACUGAGUUGGUCGGCAUCAAAGGUGUUGCCCCUGGGCAGUAA